UGUUUGUUGUUCUUCCUGUCGGACUGUGUAGUUCACAGAGCAAAACAGUGAAAUAAACGGAGUUUUUUCGGCAAUGGCUGCGGCCCACAGCAGCCUGUCAGCCACUGAAAAGAUUUUGGCCCACCAGCCUUGUUAUCGAGGGGGCUCAUGACUAAUGAGAGGAGUCUGCAGCGCCACGACCUGGUCCUCUCCAGUUACACCAGGCUAAAGACACUCCCACCUCCCAGUUGUGUGAACUUGCGUUGCUGUGAACUCUCAACUCUCCCAUCUCCAAGUUGUGAAAGGCCCAGCAUGGAUGAGGCAGAGAAGUACCAACAAAGGCUGCAAGCCAUAGUGGAGAGACGUCAACAGCAGGAAGAAGAGAAGAAGCUGAGGAGGGAGACGGAAGAGGAGCGGUUGAAGACGGCCCAGAAAAAGAGGCAGAACUUGAGGGAGCAGUGGCUCAGUGAAACAGCUCCAGCUCCUGUCCCUGCAUCACUUGACAUCUCUAAGCCCGGUCCACCACUACAGGACGAAGCAGAGCAGCACACAGCAACGGAACAAACCAAAAGUCAGAAGGCGCCGGAGGACGAGGAGGCAGCUGAUGCCAGAAAAGAGGAACAAGCCUCACAAGAAGAAAACAAAGACUCCGUCAACCGUUCAACCGCUGCCAGAACAGACAAACUCUACUGGGCUGGCACUGACGAGGACGCACAAGUGAAUAAACAGACUGAGGAUCACUUCCCCAUCCAAAUGGCACAAAGGAUGUUUCAUGAAAGUAGACAAGAUGGGCGAUCAGUCCUGGGAACAGUGGCAGUGCAAGUUGAGAGAGACCCGAGGACGGGCGCCACCGUCGUCAGGUCAGUGGCCCCCGUGGCCUCGCCGGCCGGUGCUCCGUUGGCUACCGCCGUCUUCGACGAUGGCAGGAAAAGCAUCCACACGGUCGGCGGGGUUGGAGUUCAACCGUCGACCGAGGAGCUCGGGCAGAUCUUGAACGUCAUCGAUGGGGUCGGGAUGAAAGUGCUGCUGGAUGAGGUCACAGUGACGCCACACCAGGCAGAGGCAAAGAUAGAGAACGUGGAAGUCAGCAGAGCCCCGGAGGGAGAAGUCCUGUCUUUUUCCACCCGUCAUGCCAUGUCAGUUGAGGAUAAUACACUUACAGACAGCUCUAGAAGCUACACAUUGGAAGCUGAGCCGGGGAUGGAGGACUGUGCUGCAAGCAUGGGAAGCAAGGAGGAGAAAAAAGAGGACGGAAGCAUCAUGGCAGUCAGAGACAUUGCAGGAGCGGUAGAUCACGUGGAUGAUCAAAGCUUGGAGGAUGGCCCAGUUACUCUUGUUUUCCUGGGAUACGCUGAUUCCACAACCGACCAGGGUCAAGGCCAAGAGGAGCUCGAGGGCAUGCUCACUGCGGAACGAGUGAUUAUCACCGAGGAGGGAGAAGAGCAUGUCAUUGGCCCUGAAAUGUCUGCUGCACCUCAGCCAGGGGAAGAGCCCCAGCACCAAGCGUUUCAGGACGUUCCCCUGGAGGGAAACGGGGCCGCAGGAGUUAAAGUGCAGGCAGAGGAGGGCGAUAAGGGGCUGCAUAAUUCAGCUUCACCCAGUAUAGCAGAGGGAGGAGGCACUUCCAAGCGCAAGACUUGUCAGUGCUGUUCUGUCAUGUAAGAAGAGAUUCGCUCAUUAGCCUGAAGCCUAUCAUUUUUAAUAUUUGUGCCUUCCAUUAGACACUAUAUGCUGCACUGCUGCCUUAAUGAGUAUUAAAGGAGAAUGUACCACCAUCUGGUAUCAUCUAAUUACAUUGGUUUUGGCUCUGAGCAUCCAACCUUUCACUUCACUUUGCCAAGGAGAGAGACAUGGUUUAUAGUGUGGGGCUUUUAUAGCUGUGGACUGAGGGGCUCUAAAAAUCCACUUCCUCCCUCUGGUGGACAAAGCUGAGAAUUUCAGCAAGCCGUCCUGCAGGCUCGCAGAAACUUCCCACCUCAACUGUCUCUCUGCCUUCGGACUCGUUCUGUGCUUUAUCAGCGAAAGAUGUUCAAUAUGUUUAACAUCGUUUGCCAAAGAGCAGAAUAUGCAGAUUUUAUAGCUUUGGGGAAAAAAUAUUAAUAAUCAGUAACCAUGAGAUGAUUUAUUGUGGUAAUUAAAUGUUAAUUAGAAACAGUAGGCAAUUUGUUACAUUUUUAACAGCCUUUGAUACUUUUACUUUCUUGCUCACUGCUACUCGGGGCUGUAACUACCACUGAGACACAAGACAUUUGGGGGUUUUAUUGUCACAAUAGUUCUUAAGUUUUUUAAGCCUGCAAGAUGUGUUUUAGUGUCAAAAUCCUUACACUAAUAGUGCGACAUUUUGGGAAAUACCCUAAUUGUUGUUUCGCCGAGGGUACCUAUGCUAUGUUGGCAUUACAGCGGCAUCAUAUUUACUGCACAGACGUGUGAGUGGUACCGAUCUCCUGAUUUAAGGGAUUUCUCAAAAUGUCAAAGUUCGAAUUUUUGAGUGUUUGAAAUAUAGUUUAAAGACUUGGUAUGUCGCCACAAGAAUUAUCCUCCUGGCAUUGCGGGAAAAGUUAUGAAACUGCAUUUCGAAAAUAGUACAGGGAAAUGCAGUUACAUUUCAUCUCCAUAUAUACAAUGUUUUGAUUCGAUUAUACAGUUGAAUUACUAUAGAACAGUUGUUCUCACACUUUUUCUCUCAGGCCCACCUUUAGCAGCCGAAUAAAGCUUGUGCCUCCCACCUCCCCUCAACUAUUAACAAUCAAGGGGGAAGCAACAACUAAAAAAACAUUUUAGUGCUGUAAGAGUUUGCCGAUGCUUUUAUGCUGACCAUUGUUUUUUUAUAUUCCCUACCUACAUAAAUCCUGUUCAUUCAACUUAGUUUCACCACACAUUUCCCCCCCAUUCAUACAUGCACCCCUGGGGUGAGCCCUGCCCCGCACCUGAGUUUGGGAGACGCUUCUAUAUGAGAAGAAAAAGGCUGUGGGCUAUGGAAGUGUUUGAUUAUUUUUAUCACUGUAAUUUGGUAUAAAGUGGAUUAAUUGUGGAUUUUAACUGGAAUACUCUUCAUAAAACCAUAUAGAAUUA